AUGGGGCUGCCACUAGCCCCUCUGGCGGCUGUCUGCCUGGCCCUGUCUGUGGCAGGGGGCUCGGAGCUCCAGACAGAGGGCAGAACCCGAAACCAUGGCCACAAUGUCUGCAGCACCUGGGGCGACUUCCACUACAAGACCUUCGACGGGGACAUCUUCCGCUUCCCCGGCCUCUGCGACUACAACUUCGCCUCCGAUUGCCGAGGCUCCUACAAGGAAUUUGCCGUGCACCUAAAGCGGGGCCCGGGCCAGGCUGGGGCCCCCGCCGGGGUUGAGUCCAUUCUGCUGACCAUCAAGGAUGACACCAUCUACCUCACCCGCCACCUGGCUGUGCUGAACGGGGCCAUGGUCAGCACCCCACACUACAGCCCCGGGCUGCUCAUCGAGAAGAGUGACGCCUACACCAAAGUCUACUCCCGCGCCGGCCUCACCCUCCUGUGGAACCGGGAGGACGCCCUCAUGCUGGAGCUGGACAGUAAGUUCCGGAACCACACCUGUGGCCUCUGUGGGGACUACAACGGCCUACAGAGCUAUUCAGAAUUCCUCUCUGACGGUGUGUUCUUCAGUCCCCUGGAGUUCGGGAACAUGCAGAAGAUCAACCAGCCCGAUGUGGUGUGUGAGGACCCCGAGGAGACGGUGGCCCUCGCAUCCUGCUCCGAGCACCGCGCCGAGUGUGAGAGGCUGCUGACCGCCGAGGCCUUCGCGGACUGCCAGGACCUGGUGCCGCUGGAGCCGUAUCUGCGCGCCUGCCAGCAGGACCGCUGCCGGUGCCCGGGCGGUGACACCUGCAUCUGCAGCACUGUGGCCGAGUUCUCCCGCCAGUGCUCCCAUGCCGGCGGCCGGCCCGGGAACUGGAGGACUGCCACAUUCUGCCCCAAGACCUGCCCCGGGAACCUGGUGUACCUGGAGAGUGGCUCGCCCUGCAUGGACACCUGCUCACACCUGGAGGUGAGCAGCCUGUGCGAGGAGCACCACAUGGACGGCUGUUUCUGCCCGGAAGGCACCGUGUAUGACGACAUCGGGGGCAGCGGCUGCAUUCCUGUGAGCCAGUGCCACUGCAGGCUGCACGAACACCUGUACACACAGGGUCAGGAGAUCACCAAUGGCUGCGAGCAGUGUGUCUGUAACGCUGGCCGCUGGGUGUGCAAAGACCUGCCCUGCCCUGGCACCUGCGCCCUGGAAGGCGGCUCCCACAUCACCACCUUCGAUGGGAAGAUGUACACCUUCCAUGGGGACUGCUACUACGUCCUGGCCAAGGGUGACCACAACGAUUCCUACGCUCUCCUGGGCGAGCUGGCCCCCUGCGGCUCCACGGACAAGCAGACCUGCCUGAAGACGGUGGUGCUGCUGGCCGACAAGAAAAAGAAUGUGGUCAUCUUCAAGUCUGAUGGCAGCGUGCUGCUCAACGAGCUGCAGGUGAACCUGCCCCACGUGACCGCGAGCUUCUCCGUCUUCCGCCCGUCUUCCUACCACAUCAUCGUGAGCAUGGCCAGUGGCCUCCGGCUGCAGGUGCAGCUGGCCCCAGUCAUGCAACUUUUCCUGACGCUGGACCAGGCCUCCCAGGGGCAGGUGCAGGGCCUCUGUGGGAACUUCAACGGCCUGGAAGGUGAUGACUUCAAGACGGCCAGUGGGCUGGUGGAGGCCACGGGGGCCGGCUUUGCCAACACCUGGAAGGCACAGUCAAGCUGCCAUGACAAGCUGGACUGGCUGGACGAUCCCUGCUCCCUGAACAUCGAGAGUGCCAACUAUGCCGAGCACUGGUGCUCCCUCCUGAAGAAGACAGAGACCCUCUUUGGCAGGUGCCACUCGGUCGUGGACCCCGCUGAGUAUUACAAGAGGUGCAAAUAUGACACGUGCAACUGCCAGAACAACGAGGACUGCCUGUGCGCCGCCCUGUCCUCCUACGCGCGCGCCUGUGCUGCCAAGGGGGUCAUGCUGUGGGGCUGGCGGGACCGUGUCUGCAACAAGGAUGUGGGCUCCUGCCCCAGCUCUCAGGUUUUCCUGUACAACCUGACCACCUGCCAGCAGACCUGCCGCUCCCUCUCUGAGGCCGACAGCCACUGUCUCGAGGGCUUUGCGCCUGUGGACGGCUGCGGCUGCCCUGACCACACCUUCCUGGACGAGAAGGGCCGCUGCGUGCCCCUGGCCAAGUGCUCCUGCUACCACCGCGGCCUCUACCUGGAGGCGGGGGAUGUGGUCGUCAGGCAGGAAGAACGAUGUGUAUGCCGGGACGGGAGGCUGCACUGUAGGCAGAUCCAUCUGAUCGGCCAGAGCUGCACAGCCCCAAAGAUCCACGUGGACUGCAGCAACCUGACCGCAAUGGCCAUCUGGAAGCCCCGAGCCCUCAGCUGUCAGACGCUGGCCGCCGGCUAUUACCACACAGAGUGUGUCAGUGGCUGUGUGUGCCCCGAUGGGCUGAUGGACGACGGCCGGGGCGGCUGUGUGGUGGAGAAGGAAUGCCCUUGCAUCCAUAACAAGGACCUAUAUUCCCCCGGAGCCAAGAUCAAGGUGGACUGCAAUACCUGCACCUGCCAGAGAGGACGCUGGGUAUGCACCCAGGCUUUGUGCCAUGGCACCUGCUCCAUUUACGGGAGCGGCCACUACAUCACCUUUGAUGGGAAGUACUACGACUUUGACGGACACUGCUCCUAUGUGGCUGUUCAGGACUACUGCGGCCAGAACUCCUCACUGGGCUCAUUCAGCAUCAUUACCGAGAACGUCCCCUGUGGCACGACGGGCGUCACCUGUUCCAAGGCCAUCAAGAUCUUCAUUGGGAGCACGGAGCUGAAGUUGGAAGACAAGCACCGUGUGGUGAUUCAGCGCGACGAGGGUCACCAUGUGACCUACACCACGCGGGAGGUCGGCCAGUACCUGGUGGUGGAGUCCAGCACGGGCAUCAUCGUCAUCUGGGACAAGAGGACCACCGUGUUCAUCAAGCUGGCUCCCUCCUACAAGGGCACCGUGUGUGGCCUGUGCGGGAACUUUGAUGACCACUCCAACAACGACUUCACCAGACGGGACCACAUGGUGGUGAGCAGCGGGCUGGACUUCGGGAACAGCUGGAAGGAGGCCCCCACCUGCCCGGACGUGAGCACCAACCCCGAGCCCUGCAGCCUGAACCCGCACCGCCGCUCCUGGGCCGAGAAGCAGUGCAGCAUCCUCAAAAGCGAUGUGUUCAGCAUCUGCCAUGGCAAGGUGGACCCCAAGCCCUUCUACGAGGCCUGCGUGCAUGACUCGUGCUCCUGUGACACGGGUGGGGACUGCGAGUGCUUCUGCUCUGCCGUGGCCUCCUAUGCCCAGGAGUGUACCAAAGAGGGCGCCUGCGUGUUCUGGAGGACGCCAGACCUGUGCCCCGUAUUCUGCGACUACUACAACCCUCCACAUGAGUGUGAGUGGCACUAUGAGCCGUGUGGGAACCGGAGCUUCGAGACCUGCAGGACCAUCAACGGCAUCCACUCCAACAUCUCCGUGUCCUACCUGGAGGGCUGCUAUCCCCGGUGCCCCAAGGACAGGCCCAUCUAUGACGAGGACGGGAAGAAGUGUGUCACUGCAGACAAGUGUGGCUGCUACAUCGAGGACACCCACUACCCACCUGGAGUGUCGGUUCCCACUGAGGAGAUCUGCAAGUCUUGCGUGUGCACCAACUCCUCCCAAGUCAUCUGCAGGCCAAAGGAAGGAGAGAUUCUCAACCGGACCCAGGAUGGCGUCUUCUGCUACUGGGAGUUCUGUGGCCCCAAUGGGACGGUGGAAAAGUACUUCAACAUCUGUUCCACUACACCACUCCCGUCCACUCUGACCACCUUCACCACCGUCACCCUCCCCACCACCCCCACCACCUUCACCACCACCACCACCACCACCACCCCAACCUCCAGCACAGUUUUAUCAACAACUCCGGAGGUGUGCUGCUUCUGGUCUGACUGGAUCAACGAGGACCACCCCAGCAGUGGCAGCGACGGCGGUGACCGAGAGACAUUUGAUGGGGUCUGCAGGGCCCCUGAGGACAUCGAGUGCAGGUCGGUCAAGGAUCCUCACCUCAGCUUGCAGGAGCUAGGCCAGAAGGUGCAGUGCGAUGUCUCUGUUGGGUUCAUUUGCAAGAAUGAAGACCAGUUUGAAAAUGGACCAUUUGGACUGUGUUACGACUACAUGAUACGUGUCAAUUGUUGCCUGCCCAUGGCUUGUACCACCACUGCUCCACCAACCACCACUCCCAGCCCCCCAACAACCACCACAACCACCCCUCCACCAACCACCACUCCCAGCCCUCCAUCCAAUUGUUGCCUGCCCAUGGCUUGUACCACCACUGCUCCACCAACCACCACUCCCAGCCCCCCAACAACCACCACAACCACCCCUCCACCAACCACCACUCCCAGCCCUCCAACAACCACCACUCCCAGCCCCCCACCAACCACCACAACCACCCUUCCGCCAACCACCACUCCCAGCUCCUCAACAACCACCACAACCACCCCUCUCCUCCACUAACCACCACUACCAGCCCCAACAACCACCACAGCUACCCCUCCACCAACCACCACUCCCAGCCUCCACCAACCACCACAACCACCUCCACCAACCACCACUCCCAGCCCUCCAAUAACCACAACCACCCCUUCACCAACCACCACUCCCAGCCCUCCAACAACCACCACUCCCAGCCCUCUACCAACCACCACUCCCAUCCCUCCAACAACUACUCCUCUCUCUCCAUCAAUAACUCCUUCUACAUUUUCACCAUUCUCAACGACAACCCCUACUACCCCAUGCGUGCCUGUCUGCAAUUGGACUGGCUGGCUGGAUUCUGGAAAACCUGACUUUAACAAACCAGGUGGAGAUACAGAAUUGAUUGGAGACAUCUGUGAACCAGGAUGGGCAGCUAACAUCUCUUGCAGAGCCACCAUGCAUCCUGAUGUUUCCAUUGGACAGCUUGGACAAACAGUGGUGUGUGACGUCUCUGUGGGGCUAGUAUGCAAAAAUGAAGACCAAAAGCCAGGUGGGGUCAUUCCUGUAGCCUUCUGCCUCAACUAUGAGAUCAGCGUUCAGUCCUUAACAGGGUGUGUCACCCAACCCACGACCAUGACAACCACCACCACAGAGACUCCAACCUCAACACCCACCACAACCAUCACCACCACAGGACUGCAGCUCUGACCUACCACCACAAGGACUCUGACCCCAACACCCAUCACCACCACCACUACAGUGACCCCAACCCCGACCAUCCCCACACCACUUCGGACACCAGCCCCGGCCACCGAUUAAGCCACCACCACCAUGGUGACCCCAACCCCAGCACCCACCAGCACGACCCCAACCCCGACCACCAUCACCACCACAAUACAUGUGACACCAACCCCAACACCCACCAGCACACAAUUACCCAGACACCAACCGACACCCAUCACCACCACCACCACAACACCAACCCCAGCACCCACCAGCACGGACCCCAGCCUCGACCCACCCAUCACCACCACCACCAUGACAACCCCAACCCCGACACCCACCAGCACACAGCCAACCACUCCACCAACACCUAUCACCACCACCACUACAGUGACCCCAACCACAACACCCACCACCACCACACAGGACCCCAGCCCCAGCACACCACUGACUACCGUUGACGCAAGCCCGACACCUACAACCACAGUGACACCAACCCCAGCACCCACCAGCACACACCCAACCUGGGCACCCAUCACUGCCACCACCACAACAGCGACACCAACCCAAACACCCACCAGCACACACAGACCCAACCCCAGCACCCACCAGCCACGGACCCAGCCACUCACAACACCUAUCCCCACCACCCACUACGAGGUGACCCCAACCACAACACCCACCAUCACCACAGGACCCCAACACCCAACACCCACCACCACCACUGCAGUGACCACCAGCCCCAACACCUACCAACACAGUGACCUCACGGACCCCAACCCGUACCCCAUCACCACCACCACCCCAAUAGCACCAACCCCAACACCCACCGGCACACGGACCCAGGCCUCCACACCCAUCACCACCACCACCACGACAGGGACACCAAGCCCAGCACCCACCAGCACACAGACCCCAGCCUCGACACCCAUCACCACCACCACCACACAGACCCCAACUCCGACACCCACCAGCACACAGACCCCAACCACUCCACCAACCCCUAUCACCACCACCACUACAGUGACUCCAACCACAACACCCACCACCACCCCACAGGACCCAACCCCAACACCCACCACCACCCUGCAAUUGACACCAACCCCAACACCUAACACAGUGAGCCACCAACCCCAACACCCACCAGCCACACAGACCCCAACCUCGACACCAACCCCAACACCCACCAGCACACCAGACCCCAGCCGACACCCAUCCACCACCACCACCACAGCAGCACCAACCCCAGCACCCACCAGAACACAGACCUCAACCUCGACACCCAUCACCACCACCACCGACCCACCAACCCCAACACCCACCAGCCUGACCACAACCUCGACACCCAUCACCACCACCACCGGCCUUUCAACCCCAGCACCCAGGGCCUGGACCCCAGCCACUCCCACCCAGCACCUCCUCACCACCACCACUACAGCAGCAACACCAAACACAACACCCACCAGCACACAGACCCCAGCCCCGACACUCACCACCACCACGACAGGGACACCAACCCCAACACCCACCACCACGACCCCAGCCUCGGCUCACCACCCCACCACCACCACGACCCAGGCGACACCAGCCCCAACCCCCACCAGCACACAGACCCCAACCUCGACCACCCAUCACCACCACCAAAACAGCUGAAGCCCAGCACCCCACCCAGCACCUGGACCCCAGCCGACCACCCACCAUGCACAGACCCCAACCACUCCACCAGCACCUAUCACCACCACCACUACAGUGACCCCAACCACAACACCAACCACCACCACAGGACCCCAACCCAAACCACCCACCACUACCACUACAGUGACACCAACCCCGACACCUACACCACAGGACCCAACGCCAACACCUACCAACACAGUGACACCAACCCCAACACCCACCAACCCCGGACCCCAGCUGACACCACCCAUCACCACCACCACGACAGGGACACCAACCCCAACACCCACCAGCACACAGACCCCAACCUCGACACCCAUCACCACCACCACCGACAGACCCACCAACCUGGCACCCCCCCCAGCACCCACCAGCACACAGACCCCAACCUCGACACCCACCAGCACACGGACCCAACUCACUCCACCAGCACCUAUCACCACCACCACUACGGUGACUCAACCUGACACCCACCACCACACCACCACAGGACCCCAACCCCCCAGCACCACCACCACCACUGCAGGUGACACCUUCCAACACCUAACUGAUGACACCAACCCCAACACCACCACCACACAGACCCCAACCUCGGCACCCAUCACCACCACCACCAGACAGAAGAACUCCAGCCCCAGCACCCGCAGCACACGGACCCCAACCCCGACACCCAUCACCACCACCACCCAGCAACCUCCAACCCCAACACCCACCGGAACCCACAGACCUCAACCUACCCCAACCCCAACACCCAGCAGCACACAGACCCCAACCACUCCACCACACACUAUCACCACCACCACUACAGUGACCCCAACCACAACACCACCCACCACCACCACGGGGACCCCCAGCCCCACACCCACCACUACCACUACAGUGACUGCUUGACACCCACAACCACAGGACCCAACCCCAACACCUGCAGCACAGUGACACCAGCCCAACACCUGGCACCCAGACCCCAACCCGACAAGCCAUCCACCCACCACCACCACGACAGCGAUAACCCCAACACCUGACACACGGACCCCAGCCCCGACCUCCAUCCACCACAACCCGAUGACACCAACUCCAACACCCACCAGCAGGACCCCAACCUCGACACACCCCAUCACCACCACCACCACGACAACCCCAACCCCGACACCCACCAGCACACAAUUUAACCACUCCGCAACACCUAUCACCACCACCACUACAGGUGACCCCAGCCACAACACCCACCACCCACCACCACCCAGGACCCCAACCCCAACACCCCACCACUACCACUACGGUGACGCAACCCCGACACCUACAACCACAGGACCCCAAGCGCCAGCACCUACCAACACAGUGACACCAACCCCAACACCACCAGCCCGGACCCCAGCUUCAACACCAAUCACCACCACCACCACCAUUACAACACCAACCCCAACACCCACCAGCACACAGACUCCAACCCCGACACCCAUCACCACCACCACGACAGGGACACCAACCCCAACGCACCUGUACACAGACUAACCUUGACACCCCAUCACCACCACCACCACGACAGACACCAGCCCCAACACCACCAGCACACAGACCCCAACCCCGACACCCAUCACCACCACCCACGGCCAAUUGACACAAACCCCAACACCACCAGCUCAGACCCCAGCCUCGAACCCCAUCACCACCACCACCACGCAAGCGGCACCAGCCCCAGCACCCACCAGCACACAGGCGCCAGCCUCGACACCAUCCACCACCACCUGACAGGGACACCAACCCCAAGCACCACCAGCCACACACGGACCAACCUUGACACCCAUCACCACACCACCAGAGCCAGACACCAGCCCCAGCCCACCCAGCCACUGGACCCCAACCUCGACCCCCAUCACCACCACCACAAGCAGCUGACCACCGAACCCAACACCCACCAGCACACGAGACCCCCAACCCGACACCAUCACCACCACCACGACGAGUGACACCAGCCCAACACCCACCAGCACACAGACCCCAGCCUCGACACCCAUCACCACCACCACCACAACAGCGACAGCACCAACCCCAACACCCACCAGCACACAGACCCCAACCCCGACAUCCAUCACCACCACCACCACGACAGCGACACCAACCCCAACACCCACCAGCACACAGACCCCAACCUCGACACCCAUCACCACCACCACAACGACACCAAGUUCAACACCCACCAGCACACAGACCCCAACCCCGACACCCAUCACCACCACCACCCGACAGGUGACACCAACUAACACCCACCAGCACACAGACCCCAACCUCGGCUACCCAUCCACCACCACCACCACGACCCCACGGACCCCAACCAUCACCAGCACCUAUCACCACCACCACUACGUGGCCACCAACCCCAGCACCACCAGCACACGGAUCCCAACCUCAGCACCCAUCACCACCACCACCGACCAGACACCAACCCCAGCACCCACCAGCACACGGACCACAACCUCAGCACCCCAUCACCACCACCACCGCGACCUUCCAGCCCCAACACCCACCAGUACACGGACCCCAGCCCCGACAUCCAUCGCCACCAGUACCACGGUGACCCCAACCCCAACACCCACCAGCACGGACCCCAGCCCCGACCCACCUAUCACCACCACCACCACAGGUGACCCAACCACAACACCAACCACCACCACAGGACCCAACCCCAGCACACCCACCACCACCACUACAGUGACACCAACCCCGACACCUACAACCACAGGACCCAAACUGACACCCACCCAGCACAGGACACCAGCCCCAGCACCCGCAGCCACACGGACCCCAACCCCCUACACCCAUCACCAGCACCACCACACGACGUGACACCAGCCCCCAGCACCCACCAGCCCUGGACCCCAGCCGACACCCAUCACCACCACCACCGACCUUGGGACACCAACCCCAACACCCACCAGCACACAGACCCCAAGCCCGACACCCAUCACCACCACCACCACGACAGGGACACCAACCCCAACACCCACCAGCACACAGACCCCAACCCCGACACCCAUCACCACCACCACCACGACAGCGACACCAACCCCAACACCCACCAGCACACACCCCACCUCGACACCCAUCACCACCACCACCACGACAGCAACCCCAACACCCACCAGCACACAGACCCCAACCUCGACACUUACCACCACCACACCAUGACAAGCGACACCAACCCCAACACCCACCAGCACAGACCCCAACCCCGACCACCCAUCACCCACCACCACCACAAUGACACCAGCCCCAGCACCCACCAUUUUACGGACCCCAACCCCAACAUCCAUCACCACCACUACCACGAGGGUGACCCCAACACCAACACCACUUCAGCACCCGGGACCCCAACCGACACCCAUCACCACCACCACCACUGACGGUGACUCUACCCUCAAGGCUCCCACCUUUACAGACCCCCACCCGGCACCCAUCACCACCACCACCACGACACCCCAGCACCAGCCAGCACACCAGACCCCAACCUUGACACCCAUUACCACCACCGCGACAGCGACACCAGCCCCAACACCCACCGGCCUGGACCACAACCCAGGCACCAUCACCACCACCACAACAACAGUGACCCACAACCACAACACCCACCAGCACACGGACCCCACCCCAACGCAUCACCCAGCACCACCGACAGCAUACCAACCCCCAACACCCACCUUUUGGACCACAACCUCGACACCCAUUACCACCACCACCACGGUGACACCAGCCCCAGCACCCACUGGCACCUGGACCCCAACCCCGACACCCAUCAACACCACAACAGUGACCCCAACCCCAACUCCCACCAGCACACAGACCCCAACCCCGACACCCAUCACCUCCACCACCACGACAGCGACACCAACCCCAACACCCACCAGCACUGGACUAGCCCCGACACCCAUCACCACCACCACCACGACAAUGACACCAACCCCAACACCCACGUACGGACCCCAACCCCAACAUCCAUCCACCACCACUACCACGGUGACCCCAAGCACAACACCACCACACACGGAUAACCCGACACCCAUCACCACCACCACAACAACCCAGGUGACCCCAACCACAACACCCACCAGCACACGGACCCCACCCCAAUGCCCAUCCACCAGCACCACCACGACAACACCAGCCCCAACACCCACCAGCACACACAGACUAGCCUUGACACCAUUACCACCACCGACAACGACACCAGCUCCAACACCCACCGACACACGGACCCCAACCCUGACACCCAUCACCACCUACCAGUGGCUGACACCAACCCCAAGCACCACCAAGCACCACGGACUAGCCUCGACACCCAUUACCACCACCACCACGACAAGCGACACCCAGCCCCAACACCCCACCGGCCACGGACUAGCCCUGACACCCAUCACCACCACCACAACAGUGACCCCAGCCCCAACACCCACCAGCACACAGACCCCAACCCCGACACCCAUCACCACCACCACAACAGUGACCCCAACCCCAACACCCACCAGCACACAGACCCCAACUCCAGACCCCAUCACCACCACCACUGCAGUGACCCCAACCCCAACAUCUACUGCUUACACAGACCCCAACCCCGACACCCACAUCACCACCACCACUGCGAUGACGUCAACCUCAGCACCUCACCACCACAAGCAUGAGACCCCCACCAGCACACAGACCCCAACCCCGACACCCAUCACCACCACCACUACGAUGACGUCAACCUCAACACCUACCACUACAAGCAUGGAGACCCCCAACCCCACAAGCACAGCACCCAUUUCUGAGUCAACCACAUCCAAACCCCCACCUGAGUCCUCAACCCCUCAGAUAUCUCGGUCCACCUCUUCCCCUCCCACGGAGUCAACCACCCUUUUGAGUACUGCACCACCUACCAUUGAGACAACCAGCACGGCCCCACCCUCCACACCCACGUCACCUACAGCCACCACGACGGGAGGCCACACGCCGUCUCCACUGCCCAGCACCACCAUGGCCCCUCCAGGCACCCCCACUCACAGUACCACGACCGGGUCAUCUUCACCCACCACCCCCAGCACUGUGCAGACGACCACCACCAGCGCCUGGACCCCCACGCCGACCCCAAUCUCCACACUCAGCGUCAUCACGACCACAAGCGUGACGCCGCACUUCUCCACCCUGAUUAAAUGCUGUGUCCUGAACGACACUUUCUACGCACCAGGUGAGGUGGUGUACAACGGCACACAUGGAGACACCUGCUAUUUCGUGAACUGCUCACUGAGCUGUACCUUGGAGUUCUAUAACUGGUCCUGCCCAUCCACGCCCUCCCCAACGCCCACCCCCUCCAAGUCGACGCCCACGUCUUCCAAGCCAUCGCCCACGCCCUCCAAGCCAACGCCCAGCACCACCAAGCCCCCUGCGUGCCCAGACUUUGAUCCUCCCAGACAGGAGAACGAGACUUGGUGGCUGUGCGACUGCUUCAUGGCCACGUGCAAGUACAACAACACGGUGGAGAUUGUGAAGGUGGAGUGUGAGCCGCCGCCCAUGCCCACCUGCUCCAACGGCCUCACCCCCGUGCGCGUCAGCGACCCUGACGGCUGCUGCUGGCAUUGGGAGUGCGACUGCUACUGCACGGGCUGGGGGGACCCGCACUAUGUCACCUUCGACGGACUGUACUACAGCUACCAGGGCAACUGCACCUACGUGCUGGUGGAGGAGAUCAGCCCGUCCGUGGACAACUUCGGAGUUUACAUCGAUAACUACCACUGUGACCCCAACGACAAGGUGUCCUGCCCCCGCACCCUCAUCGUGCGCCACGAGACCCAGGAGGUGCUGAUCAAGACCGUGCACAUGAUGCCCAUGGAGGUUCAGGUGCAGGUGAACAGGCAGGCGGUGGCAGUGCCCUACAAGAAGUACGGGCUGGAGGUGUCCAAGUCUGGCAUCAACUACGUGGUGGACAUCCCCAAGCUGGGCGUCCUCGUCUCCUACAAUGGCCUGUCCUUCUCCGUCAGGCUACCCUACCACCGGUUUGGCAACAACACCAAGGGCCAGUGUGGCACCUGCACCAACACCACCUCUGACGACUGCAUUCUGCCCAGCGGGGAGAUCGUCUCCAGCUGUGAGGCUGCAGCCGACCAGUGGAUAGUGAACGACCCCUCCAAGCCACACUGCCCCCACAGCAGCUCCACGACCAAGCGCCCGCCCGUCACUGUGCCCGGGGGCAACAAAACGACCCCACACAAGGGCUGCACCCCAUCUCCCCUCUGCCAGCUCAUCAAGGACAGCCUGUUUGCCCAGUGCCACGCGCUGGUGCCCCCACAGCACUACUACGACGCCUGCGUGUUCGACAGCUGCUUCGUGCCGGGCUCGAGCCUGGAGUGCGCCAGUCUGCAGGCCUACGCAGCCCUCUGCGCCCAGCAGGGCGUCUGCCUCAACUGGCGGAACCACACGCAUGGGGCCUGCUUGGUGGAGUGCCCGUCUCACAGGGAGUACCAGGCCUGUGGCCCUGCAGAAGAGCCCACGUGCAAAUCCAGCUCCUCCCAGCAGAACAGCACAGUCCUGGUGGAAGGUUGCUUCUGUCCUGAGGGCACCAUGAACUACGCCCCUGGCUUUGAUGUCUGCGUGAAGACCUGCGGCUGUGUGGGACCUGACAAUGUGCCCAGAGAGUUUGGGGAGCGCUUUGAGUUCGACUGCAAGAACUGUGUCUGCCUGGAGGGUGGAAGUGGCAUCAUCUGCCAGCCCAAGAGGUGCAGCCAGAAGUCUGUUACCCACUGUGUGGAAGAUGGCACCUACCUCGCCACGGAGGUCAACCCUGCCGAUACCUGCUGCAACAUUACCGUCUGCAAGUGCAACACCAGCCUGUGCAAAGAGAAGCCCCCCGUGUGCCCGCUGGGAUUUGAAGCGAAGAGCAAGAUGGUGCCUGGCAGGUGCUGCCCCUUCUACUGGUGUGAGUCCAAGGGGGUGUGCGUUCACGAGAAUGCUGAGUACCAGCCCGGUUCUCCAGUUUAUUCCUCCAAGUGCCAGGACUGCGUGUGCACGGACAAGGUGGACAACAGCACCCUGCUCAACACCAUCACCUGCACCCAUGUGCCCUGCAGCACCUCCUGCAGCCCAGGCUUUGAACUCGUGGAGGCCCCCGGGGAAUGCUGCAAGAAGUGUGAACAGACGCACUGUAUCCUCAAGCGGCCUGACAACCAGCACGUCAUCCUGAAGCCUGGGGACUUCAAGAGCGACCCCACGAACAACUGCACAUUCUUCAGCUGCGUGAAGAUCCAUAACCAGCUCAUCUCAUCCAUCUCCAACAUUACCUGCCCCAACUUUGACGCCAGCAUUUGUGUCCCGGGCUCCAUCACACUCAUGCCCAAUGGAUGCUGCAAGACCUGCAUCCUUCGCAAUGAGACCAGGGUGCCCUGCUCCACCGUCCCCGUCGUCACGGAGGUUUCGUACGCCGGCUGCACCAAGACCGUCCUCAUGAAUCAUUGCUCUGGGUCCUGCGGGACAUUUGCCAUGUACUCGGCCAGGGCCCAGUCCCUGGACCACGGGUGCUCCUGCUGCAGAGAAGAGAAAACGAGCCAGCGUGAGGUGGUCCUGAGCUGCCCCAAUGGUGGCUCGCUGGCACACACCUACACGCACAUCGAGAGCUGCCAGUGCCAGGACACCAUCUGCGAGUUGCCCACCGACACCUCCCGCCGGGCCCGGCGCUCCCCCAGGCAUCUGGGGAGUGGGUGAACUGGGUGGGCACAGCCACCCUUCACUGCCCUCCACAGCUCUGCCUCCCCCGGACCCUCUGAGCUUCCUGGCCUCCUAAGCUUGGCUUCCUCUCUUCAGAUAUUUAUUGUCUGAGUCUUUGUUCAGUCUUUGCUUUCCAAUAAUAAACUCAGGCAGACAUGC